GUGGACUGGUUCAGUGGUUACAAAAUGUCCCUUGCUACAUUGGCAGGAGACCAAGGUUUGGACAUCACACAGGAUGUGAAACCUCCAAAAAGCCUAUAUAUAGAAGUGCGGUGUCUAAAAGACUACAGAGAAUUUGAAGUUGAAGAUGGUACUUCA